CCAUUGCACGCAGCGACACGGUCUACGGGGACCAUGGGAUCGUCGUAGUUUACUGUUUACUCGAGAUCAGGGCAUCAGAUCAGGAAUCAGCAAUUUAUAGAUGAGGCGGCCCUGCGCUUUAUAGAGAUAACGCGGCUAUUCUGGCGGCUCCUUUCCUCCAAAUUUCAGUGUUUCAUUUCAAAAAGGCCUUGCUAUAUUAUUACGCGAUGUCGGCACACCGGAGUUACGUUCGCAGCCUGUAUAAGCGGGCGCUCAACACAUCGAUGGACUGGUACCCGAACAGGCAGACGUGGCGCCCGAUUGCGCUGCAAAUCCGCGCUGAAUUCGAGGCCAACCGCGGCGAAUCGAGCCCUGUGCGUGUCCAGCAGCUGCUGCGUGAGACCGAGGAUGUGCUGGAGGAGUACAAGCACCCGCUGCCGUACAAGUACAUGACCGCUCCGGGUGGCACCAAGUACGAGCGCAACCUGUGGUUCGAGGACAACAUGUCUCACCAGGAGCAGCACCACUGAACCCUGGCUGCUAUUAGCGAUACACACACAACCCACCACUGUCUUUCUUACUAUCUAUAAAAAAAUACCUGUGCUUUCUCUGUUUGCAUGGACAAAUUGAUCUGGUGGUGGUGGUACAUGGUGGUGGCAGAUAAGCUGAUAAUCUCCCCCAUGGGGCUGAGUGACGGGCGGUUCCAGAUGGCAGCGCUCCCACGGUGCUCCCGUGUUUACUAGAAACACAGCAUUAGUAAUCCCACACUGAUAACGACGUGUAUAAAAGAGGCGAGAGGGAGGCACCGUGAGAUUGCGUCACA